AUGACGACGGGUAAUAUUAGUCUACGAGUUGGUGUACCAAUCUCAUCUCGGAUAUGUCUCGCUCUUCUCUUAAACUCUCAUGUGUUCGACCACGUCACAUUUGAGCACCAGGCACACAAUUCCCCAAGAAGCUUCCUUUUGACUUCUCUGCGCGGAGUCAAGUGCUUCACUAAGAUUGGAGUGUCUGUUUCGCUCUCCGUAGUCAAUUUCCAGUCUGAUUGA